AUGAAGGAGUCCCUCUACGAUCGUAUCUUGCGUCGGGAAUCUGGGGAAUUUUCCCGGUUCGCCAGCAUUCAUGGGCUUUAUGGGUCUCCAGAAUGGGUCCAGGAUCUUGACAUUGUCAACGAACUUGGUGGUCAUUCUGGUUGUGUUAACGCCUUGAGUUGGUCGCGGUCUGGCCGCCUUCUGGCCUCGGGGUCGGAUGAUCAGCAUCUGAACAUCUACGCCUAUCAGCCCGACUCCUCAACCGCUCCCUUUGCGCUGAGCACCACCAUCGCAACUGGUCAUGCCGCCAAUAUUUUCUCUGUCAAAUUUAUGCCACAUUCCAAUGAUCGGACUUUGGUCUCAUGCGCCGGUGAUUCGCAGGUCCGAGUCUUCGACAUUGAAUAUUCCAGUAGCAAUGGGCACCUGGACGGGAACUCAAAUUUCGCUUCAUCGGCCAGAAGUCGACGCUUUCACAACUUCUUCAGCAGCACGCAUUACUUGAGCCCACGAACCGCCAACGCCAAAGUGUAUCGCAGCCAUGCCGACCGCGUCAAGCGCAUCGUGACCGAGUCGUCGCCGCACCUCUUCCUUACCUGCUCAGAGGAUGGAGAGGUCCGCCAGUGGGAUCUGCGACAACCCUCCUCGGCCUAUCCGAAACCCCGGGGAGGUCAGGGCUACAUGGCUUUCCGAUCGGGUCAAGACCACGAUGAUUCCAAUGUGCCUCCUCCGCUAAUCUCGUACAAGAAGCACCGUCUGGACCUCAACACCAUCUCAUGCUCGCCGAGUCAACCGCACUAUAUCGCACUGGGUGGCGCUCAUCUCCAUUGCUUCCUCCAUGAUCGGCGUAUGCUAGGGCGGGACCUCCUCGCCGAGAGGGGGACUUCAAGUGCUUCUCCGGGAAGUAGUAGCCAAGGUGGGGACUUGUUGGAUGAUGCGACGAAGUGCGUGCGUCGGUUUGCGCCACACGGUCAGGAUCGGAUGAAAACUCGAGACGACGGUCAUAUCACGGCCUGUAAGAUCAGUGAUGCGAAUCCGAAUGAGAUGGUAGUUAGCUGGUCGGGUGACCAUAUCUACAGCUUUGAUCUCAUUCGCAGCGCAGAUGCGAGAGAGGCUAGAUCACGGCAGCCAUCGGUACGGGAAACUCCCGUGCCACGAAAACGUCGAGGCAGCAAGAACCGCAAGCGAAAACGCCACAACGGCACAUCAAUGUCAUCCGAGUCGAGCGGUCAUCGGCCUUCCUCGCGACGUCGACCCAGGGGUAGCCAGGACGAAGGCGAGUUAGCAUUUCGUGUGCGCUACGGCAACGGAGAGUCAGAAGACAUUCCUCUCCCAUCCUUAGCGCAGCGCCACGCUGAGGUACCCCAGACUUUGCUGGAGCAAUCAAGGAUUGCGGUGCUCAGUGACGCUCAAAGACUCAGUAUGCGCAUCGCCAAAGAUCUGGUCAAGCUUCGCAAGGCUCUUUUCUCGCUAGAUACGUCGGCGCGCGAGGAGCUCGAAUCCGCUAGUGCAACAGACCUUACACCGUUCGGCGAAUCUUUCUCCACGGCAUUGACCCACGCCUCCAUUUGUCUCCCGCAGAUGAGUGGGGUCAUGCGCACAUGGGGCUAUCCGCUCAAUCCUUCCCCAGACAUGGUGCGCUUUCAGCAGACCUUGCGCCGGAACCGUGAGUCCGCUUGGAGCUUUGUCCAGGCAGCGGGAACGAUCGCACGGGCACUAGGCGGCGAGAUUCAGAACACACCUGGAGACGUCGACAAUGAUCUGGAACAAUUUCAACAGAUAUCGCCACUAAAGGUUGAAUAUGCGCUCGAUCGCAAGGAGCAAUUCGGCUAUGACUUCAUCAAAGCGAUCAUUUUGUAUGUUGAAGGGGGUCGGCAAGCUCUGCUGUCAGGCUUCAAGCGUGGUCCUAUGCGUCGGGACACACUUGCCCGGUUUCCCAUCCCCGAAGCUGCGGACGACCGGGCGAUCGAGUCAAUCCUCAUCCCUUAUCUUCAGCGGCUGGCGGGAGAGGCUCCUGUGGUGAACGUUGAUGCGUCUCGGUUUGAACAUGACGAGGCCCGUGUCCUUUUCCAAACUCAACGCGAAGCUGUCGCCGCCUUCGCGACUGCGAUCAGGAUUCCUGUUGAAGCUGCGGUCGACGGCGGAGCUCCGAAUGGGCGUGGAAGCACACACAAUGGGCCCAUCCACAGUGUACCCUUUUCAGAAGUACCUACGCAUACACCUGACUUGUUUCAACUUACACAAUUCUGGGUGUUGAAGGUGGCUCGCGGCAUUCUUAUGGAAAGCGGAACCGGCGUCAAUUAUGCUUUUGUUAACCGAGCCUUCGGUGGCUUCCGGGCUGCGAUGGCGCCCGACUCUGAAUUGGAUAUGGAUCCCGAGAGAUCACAGAACGACUUGGAAACCAACAUGGAAGAUGAGCCAAUCAGCGACGUACGACUGAAGAUUCUCCGGGGGUCGCAACUGGGCCGAGACGAAUCUGAUGACUCUGGUAGUGAGGCGACCGGCACCGAGUCAACGGCGUCUUUGAAUGGUCGUGCAGGCUUCUCCGGGUCGCUAGGCAUGGAUGGUGAAACUGAGGACGAAUCGGACGGUGCACUAGAUGAGGAGGAGGACGAGGAUGAGGACGAGACCGAAGACGACGACGAUGAGGAGGAUGAGUUUGACCUGGACCUCGGUGGAUCUGCCAACGACAGCGACGACGACUCCGAGGCUGAAAACCGCAUGUUUAGGGAAUACGGGCUUGAACCCAGAAAGAGAGAGUACGUGGACUUGGACGCUCCCUGUUCCUCGCAUACUCGUGUAUAUCGCGGUCACUGCAACGUCAAGACAGUCAAAGAUGUUAAUUUCUACGGGCUGGAUGACGAAUUUGUCGUGAGUGGGAGCGACUCUGGCCACAUCUUUAUCUGGGAUCGGAAGACGUGCAAACUGGUCAACAUCCUCGAGGCCGACAGUGAGGUCGUCAAUGUUAUCCAGGGGCAUCCUUACGAACCCACCAUAGCCGCAUCCGGCAUCGACAACACGAUCAAGAUAUUUUCACCCGACCGCCGUGCCCAGGAAGAAGCUCGCCGUGGGAUUAAUAUUCUGGAUCCCGACAACCUCGCCAACGCGCUUGGGCCCAAUGUUAGAGGGAUUGAGGGCUUGACCAGUCGCAAACGCCUGCAUGACAGUUAUCGAAUCAUGAACCAGAAUGAUGUUGAUCGACAAGGCGGGAUGAGCGAGGCGUCGAUCACCAGGCAUAUGCUUGCCCGUCUUGCCACUACGCUGCGGGACCAGCAGUACAACGUGGAGCCUGGUGGAGCUGGAGAGCAUGCCACCUUGGUGUUGGACGAGAACAGCUGUCAUGUAAGUUCGCUAAGGUUGGUCGGAUCAUACGAUAGUUGA